AAAGUAGAAUUUGGUUUCGACGUAUGAGUUUAGUUGUGAUAAGUAGUUGAUAGGAAGGGAGGUGGAUAUCGGUAUGAAGCUUUCCACAUCAGGGUUCGGUCAGCAGGAAGGAGGAGCUGAGAAGAAGUGCUUGAAUUCGGAGCUGUGGCAUGCAUGCGCAGGGCCGCUGGUGUCGCUGCCCACAUCUGGAACUCGGGUGGUUUACUUUCCUCAGGGCCACAGCGACCAGGUUGCGGCUACUACCAACAAACAAGUUGAUGCUCACAUACCAAACUACCCGAGUUUGCCUCCCCAGUUGAUCUGUCAGCUCCACAAUGUCACAAUGCAUGCAGAUGUGGAGACGGAUGAAGUAUAUGCCCAGAUGACAUUGCAGCCUUUGACUCCGCAAGAACAAAAGGAGACAUUUCUUCCCAUGGAGUUGGGAGUUCCAAGCAAGCAACCAACAAAUUACUUUUGCAAGACACUCACCGCGAGUGACACUAGUACACAUGGAGGCUUCUCUGUUCCUCGUCGCGCCGCUGAGAAAGUUUUUCCUCCACUGGAUUUCUCGCUACAGCCACCAGCCCAGGAACUUAUUGCUAGGGAUCUCCAUGAUGUUGAGUGGAAGUUUAGGCACAUUUUCCGAGGACAGCCAAAACGGCAUCUUCUCACGACAGGUUGGAGUGUAUUUGUUAGUGCCAAAAGGCUUGUUGCUGGAGAUUCUGUUCUUUUUAUUUGGAAUGAAAAGAAUCAGCUCCUUUUGGGGAUUCGCCGUGCAACUCGACCACAAACUGUGAUGCCGUCAUCUGUUUUGUCAAGUGAUAGCAUGCACAUCGGACUUCUUGCUGCUGCUGCCCAUGCAUCUUCAACUAAUAGCUGUUUUACUGUAUUUUAUAAUCCAAGGGCUAGUCCAUCUGAGUUUGUCAUACCCCUAUCAAAAUACAUUAAAGCAGUAUUUCACACACGUGUUUCAGUUGGGAUGCGAUUUCGGAUGCUUUUUGAGACUGAAGAGUCAAGUGUCAGACGGUACAUGGGUACAAUAACUGGCAUAAGUGAUCUGGAUCCUGUUCGGUGGCCAAAUUCUCACUGGCGAUCUGUCAAGGUUGGUUGGGAUGAGUCAACUGCAGGUGAGAGGCAGCCAAGGGUUUCAUUGUGGGAGAUUGAGCCUUUGACCACUUUCCCCAUGUACCCAUCACUAUUUCCCCUCCGACUGAAGCGUCCUUGGCAUCCUGGGGCUUCAUCAAUGCAUGAUAACAGAGAUGAAGCAGCUAACUUAAUGUGGCUGAGGGGGGCAACUGGAGAGCAAGGUCUUCAAUCCAUGAACUUCCAAGCUGUUGGUAUGUUUCCCUGGAUGCAGCAGAGAUUGGAUUCAACAUUGAUGGGAAAUGACCCCAAUCAGCAGUACCAGGCCAUGUUGGCUGCUGGUUUACAAAAUGUAGGAAGCGGAGAUCAGCUAAGACAACAUGUAAUGCACUUCCAGCAGCCUCUUCAGUACCUUCAGCAGCCGGGUAGCCACAAUCCUCUGUUGCAGCUGCAACAGCAAGUAAUUCCGCAAUCAGUCCCUCAUAAUAUGCUGCAGGCGCAGCCACAAGUUUCAAUGGAGAAUCUGCCACAGCACCUUCUACCACCGCAAUUUAACAAUCAAACAGAGGAAGAGCCGCAUCAACAACAGAACACCUAUCAUGAUGCACUUAAGGUUCAAAGUGAACAACUUCAUCGGAGUCAGCAAAUGAAUGUGCCAUCUCCAUCAUUUUCUAGAGCAGACUACACGGAUUCAAGCACAAAGUUGUCGGGAUCUACUAACUCUAGACAGAACACGCUUGGUUCAUUGUGUCCUGAAGGGAGUAAUAGUGUUUUAAACAGAGCUGGUCCAGCUGAGCAGUUACCUCAACAAUCUUGGACUCCAAAGUUUGCAUAUGCGCAGGCCAAUGCCUUUGCCAACCCAAUGUCAUUCGCACCUUUUAAUGAGAAAGACAACGCAGUUGAGCAAGAGAAUUGUAAUUCAGAUUCCCAAAAUCCUACUCUCUUUGGUGUUAAUAUAGAGUCAUCUGGGCUUGUAUUCCCCACCACAGUGCCCAACUUUGCCACUUCUUCAAAUGAUGCUGACAUGCCAAUGCCUUUAGGGGAUUCUGGGUUUCAGAGUUCUCUGUAUGGUUGCAUACAAGAUUCGACUGAGUUGUUGCAUGGUGCAGGUCAAGUUGACCCACCUACCCCAAACUGUACAUUUGUCAAGGUGUAUAAGUCAGGGUCGGUUGGCCGCUCACUGGACAUCUCCCGGUUCAGCAGCUAUAAUCAGCUGCGAGAAGAACUGGCCCAGAUGUUUGGCAUUGAGGGGAAGUUGGAAGAUUGUCUUAGAUCAGGCUGGCAGCUUGUAUUCGUUGACAGGGAGGACGAUGUGCUUCUUCUUGGAGACGACCCAUGGGAGUCAUUUGUGAACAAUGUUUGGUAUAUCAAGAUACUUUCUCCUGAGGAUGUGCACAAAAUGGGCGACCAAGCAGUUGAUUCCUUUACCCCAAAUGCGGGUCAAAGAGUGAAUAGCAGUGCAAAUGAAACUCAAGACCAUAUUUCUGGGCUACCAUCUCUCGGCUCACUUGAGUAUUGAAUUUUGGUGCUUGUAUGAAAAACUUCCACGCAUGAUGCUUCUGACCCUCAUAGCAAGGAGAAAUUCCUGUUGGACAGUAACAUGUGAUCUGCUCAAUCUGGGGUUAUCUCUCGCUAUUUGAGUGUGCACCAGUAUUAUAAGACUCAUCUCCCAGACUGUUUAGCUCUGAUGAAUUUAAUUUUUAUGGUUGAAGUAUAUUCAAGUCGGAAACUUGGAUGAGUAAUCAUUACACGCUGUUCAAUUAUGUGAUGCUGUUCAUGUGAUAGUGUGUAUCAAGUGCUGUAUGAUCUCUUAAUUCUUGUGAUAUAUAUUUGCAAA